AUGCGGCAUCACUCCAUUUUAUACUCCGAGCUAAUUACAAAAGACUUCAGCUUUGCUUCUGUGCGACGUCGUUUGGCCAAAGAACCGUUUGACAGAGCCAACAGCCGCCAAAACCAGACCAGAAUUCGAGUCUCAAUGGAGAAAGGUGGGUUAGACUCUGCUGGCCGAGAAUUCAAGAACGCAGAGGAGAUGUGGAGAGAACAGGUCGGAGAAGACCAGAGCAAGAAGACUGAAUGGUACCGUCAAGGCAUUGGCUACUGGGAAGGUGUGGAGGCCUCGGCGAAUGGAGUGUUGGGAGGAUAUGGACAUGUCAAUGAGCCUGACAUAAUGGGCAGUGAAGCUUUUCUUAAUACGCUUCUCUCUGAGCGUUUUCCUGAUGCUGCUAAUAGCCAACGCCACCUAGUUGUUCUUGAUUGUGGUUCUGGCAUUGGGAGAGUCACAAAAAAUCUUCUCAUAAGAUACUUCAAUGAGGUUGAUCUUCUUGAGCCUGUAUCACAUUUCUUGGAAACUGCUCGUGAAAGUUUGGCUCCUGAAAAUCAUAUGGCCUCUGAUAUGCACAAAGCCACUAAUUUUUUAUGCGUGCCUCUUCAGGAAUUCACACCAGAAGCAGGAAGGUAUGAUAUUAUAUGGGUUCAGUGGUGUAUUGGGCAUCUGACAGAUGAUGACUUCGUGUCAUUCUUUAAAAGGGCAAAGGUUGGAUUAAAACCUGGUGGUCUUUUUGUCCUGAAGGAAAAUAUUGCAAGAACCGGAUUCGUGUUAGACACAGAAGAUCGGAGCAUCACCAGGUCCGAUUUGUACUUUAAGGAGCUCUUUUGCCAGUGUGGACUUCAUAUUUACAAAUCUAAGGAUCAAAAGGGAUUGCCUGAGGAGUUAUUCGCUGUGAAAAUGUAUGCAUUAACUGCUGACUUGCCAAAGAAGGCCCAUCGGACCAAAUCUAAAGUGCAAGCCAAUAGACCCGGUGUCAUCAAGUGA